AUGAGCGACCAUUCCAAUAGUCCAAAGCUUGAGACAUUCUCCAUGUCACCACAAUCACCUCCUCCACCUCUUAUACGACUUCCUUCACCAGACAUGACCAUCAAAAUGGAAUCUUUACCGCAAAUUCAAAUUCGACAUUCAUGGUCUUCUUCACCAAACAGUCAUUCCCUUUCUUUCACAUCUACAUCUAAACGUACUCCCAUGUCAAUAUCUUCAAUCUCUCACUCUACUUCUACUUCCAUAUCUACCAUGUCGGCAUUAUCAACUUCUCCAGCAGUCCAAUCGGCUCAAACGUUUAUUCCUACUCCUAUGGCAUAUCGUUCACCACCUUCAUUACCUAGGAUUCAAACUCCAGAUCCUCUUUCAGUGACGAUACAUUUACCUUCUCCUCCUACUCAGAAGAAAACUGAUUUUGUACUUUCCACUCCUCCUAAAAGAAGAAAGUCAGAAGGAUUAUCAGCUUAUCCUACUCCUGCAAGGAGCGGUUCUAGGGAUGAUAGUCAAGGUUAUGAAAAUACAGAAGGAAAACGAAGAGAUUUAGAUCCGAGAUAUUGGUCACCUGCUCCACCACCUGUUUUCAAACAUGAGAACGGUCAUGUUUCUUAUGCUGAAGAGAGGUAUGAUGGGAAUGGAAAUGAAGGAGGAAGACCUAGAUUAAGUAUACAUCCAUAUGCCGCUAGACCGGAUAUGAGAUAUUUCUCUGCUGUGGCUCCGAGAGCACCGAAUGUUUUCGAACAAGGGAGGGGUUCUUCUCCCGCUUCGGCGAUUAGUGGUGGUUUGCCAAACUUCAAAGCACCGAGGAAAAGAGCUGACGAUUCUCAAGUUGCUCUAUUACUCGAAGUAUUCGAAAGAACUUCAUACCCUACCACGGAAGAAAGAGAUCAUCUCGCUCGUAGAUUAGGUAUGACAUCUCGUAGUGUUCAAAUCUGGUUUCAAAACCGUCGAAGAGCCGUCAAAGUGGAAUAUCAAUCCGCUAUUCAACGGGCUGAAGCGGACGUAGUACGAUCUUCCCCAUCGACAUAUCAUGGACGAAGAGGGUUGGCACAACCUUAUACACAUUUAGAACAAGUCUUUUGGGGUAGGCCACAAUCACCUAGAGCUGUACCAUCUUAUCAUCCCCCGAUCCCUCAUACUAUGACUAGAUUGAGUGAUUUGUCAUCAGGGAAGAAGGUAGAAGGAACGAAACGGGUAGUUGUUUUUAUAAGAAGUUGA